AUGGCCUUCCCCGUGGUCUGCAAAGGGAAAGCCCAGCUCCUGGCCCACAGCCAGAGGCUCAGGAGGAAGGCUGGGGUCUCUGACCUAGAGAGGCUCACAAGGCAGGAUCGUGCGGCACUGGCCAACCGGCAGCAGGAGCGCAGCAGCGCUCACCGCCAGCGGGCUGACUUUGCGCUGGCCGCCAGCUCGUACGACCUCGCCGUCAAGACCAUCAUCUCCAGCACCAACGUGGGCAUGAUGUUCAAGGAGGAGGAAUGGCUCCUGUGGCUGAAGGAGAAAUGUCUGAACAACCUGGCAGCCGCGCAACUGAAGCUGGACCGCAAUCGGGCCGCACUGUGCUCUGGGAGUCUCAUGUUUGAGCACCAGCCUGACAACAUCACGGCUCUCUUCUGCAAGGGCACGGUGCUGGCCCAGCGAGGGGAGCACAGCAAGGCCACCCCCAUCCCGAGGGCAGCCCUGAAGCUAGAACCUUCCAACAAGACGAUCCACGCAGAGCUCUCGAAGCCAGGGAAAAAGCUUGCAGCCCAGCAAAGCACGGAGGCUGUCCUGUACUGGAAAAUGCCGGGCAACUCCAGCCGGCUGCCUGCCAAGUGUCCUGGCAAGGGUGCCUGGUAGCCCUGGAAGUGGCUGUAGGCAACUGCUGUUGCCCUGGGGGGCUUGGCUCUCCCUGUCGUCAUCACUACCCGGAACCGACGGCCCAGGUGGCCGCCUUCCCUCCUGGGCACCAUGGACCCUACCACGUGCUCCCUAACUCUCCCAGGCUCCCUGUCCACUACCCUCUCUGGCCUAACCUCCUCCUCUGGGGCAGGGACAGCGAGGUUUGAGGGUCCUGUGGCCCAGUGA